CUCCCUCCCUCCCCCCCUCCGGGGUUCCUUUGGUCCCAUGUUUACACUAGCUUGUAGCCAUGGCCAGCUGCGUGGAUCCCCUUGUGGUAGGGAGAGUGAUAGGUGAGGUGGUGGAUCUCUUCGUUCCCACCGUGACCAUGACGGUGAGCUAUGGAUUGAAGCAUGUCAACAACGGCUGUCACGUGAAGCCAUCGAUGGCUAUCAACCCUCCGAUGGUCCAGAUCGCAGGCCGAGGAUCUGAUCUCUACACUCUGGUCACUAUUGAUCCAGAUGCACCCAGUCCUAGUGAACCGACCAUGAGGGAGUGGCUCCACUGGGUGGUGGUUAAUAUACCAGGUGGAACAGAUCCCUCCCAAGGGGAGGAGGUGGUGCCGUACAUGGGACCGCGGCCGCCGGUCGGGAUCCACCGCUACGUUCUGGUGCUUUUCCGGCAGAAGUCGAGGUUCUCGAUGGGGAUGGGGCUGUCUCUGCCGGCGUCCCGCGCCAACUUCAACACCCGUGCCUUCGCCGCCCACCAUGACCUCGGCCUCCCCGUCGCCGCCGUUUACUUUAAUGCCCAGAAGGAGCCCGCCAAUCGCCGCCGCUGAAUGCCCCUCCAUCUCGUCCAUCGUCCCAUGCAUUCUCGCAGUACUUUGCUCUGGUCCUUUACUCUUGGGUGCUUUUUCUCUUAGUUUGCGGAACUCUGUACGUUGCAGCAAUAAAUUAAUACCUCCACAUGCUUUCAUGGAAGGGAUGUGGUGGUGGCGUCUGUCAUAUAUAAAUCAGUGUGUUGCAUAAGUUGAAUGAUAUUAUGGAUUAUGGUUAUAGUUUUUGAUUGAUUCUUA